CCCAGAUGUGUGUCACACACACAGACAUCUGCUUUCAGUCCAACCGCAACAUCCAGUUGUCACGAUAUGUUGUUGGUGCAGAUACUCAAAUUAGCUCAAGUAAUAUUUGCAUAAAGGUUUAUGUGUAAAAGUUCAAAGUUCUACCUUUUUAACCUAUUUAAGCCCAAAGACUACAUUUAGUGUGAUAAAGAAAAAUAACCAACAUUAUUCGUUCUGUUUGGGUUAAAGUCUUAAAUUUGGUACAAACAUAAAACUUUGACAUUUUUAGAUCACAUGUAAAAUCCCACCUUUAUCAAUAGUUAGUCUGGAUUUUUGAAAACGCUAAAAGAUUCAUAGUUACCAAAAACCUUGUUGUGCCAUUUUCUUAUCAUAUUCAUCUUUGGCCACGUGGGACUAUUGUCGCCCUAGACUGAGCAAAAUAAAAAAGAUUAUUUCGGUACACAUACCAGCUCUAUAUUCUACGUGGAAGUUGUACAGAACUAUUUUUUGCUUCUUUUAACUAUUAAUCCUCAAAUAUAUAAAGGAACUUGUUUUUAUCUCUCAGAGAACUCAGCUAUAUUCUAACGUGAAUGAAGAUUUGUCAAAGUAUUGUAUAAAUACAAUAUAUCAAAAAGGACAUAAAAUAGUCAAAUAUCUGCUCAUGGUUGUUUCUCUGUGAACAGCACUCAUGAUGAAAUAUGCAGCAUUAAUGCAGAUCGUAUUGUGACUCAUCCAGUUUGUUUGCUGAAUCAGAAGUGAUGACGUUUGCACGAUGUUUAGAUUCAGAGACUCUGACUCAUGAUCAUGCAUGAGGCUGUCAAUUAAUCACAUUUAAUUGGCUGUAAAAUGAUGUAAAUCAGCGUCCCAGUAAGCAAAAUAUUAUUUAUAUUCUCUAAUGGAAUUUGUUAAAUAUGCAUACUUGGUUUUAGAUUCAUAAUUUGUGUCGUAUUUUUUCCUUCUGUAGAUUGAUAAUUGAAAAUGUACAUAAAUAAAGAAUAAAUACAAUAAGUGAACAAGAAGAAACGCAUCUUGGAUGAAUCUGGAACAAAUGGAUUUAAUAUUUACAAAGUGUCCCGUCGUCUCCAGACAACUUCAACCUCACUGACCGUCUCUCUGUGAUCUGAUCUCUAAUCUCAACAUGAAAGUUCAUCCCACUGCUAGUCCCUCUUGGGUAUUUCCAAAGAAAAUAGGAGAUAAUAAAAGAGAUAUAUUUAUUAAACAUACUGCAGGCAGCUGCCAAAAAAUAACAACCCCCAACCCCUGAAAGGUGGUAAUCGGUAACUACAGGUCUCUGGGGAGCUCUAAACCCUCUACUUUGAGAUAUUUCUGUCCAGAGUGUAGCGAGGACGGGACAUGUGUUUGAUGUUUCUGCAGCAGUCACAUGUUUGUCUGGGAUCUGUUUGGAUACAACAGGAGGGAUCUGAUGGAAAAAGUCUAUCAGCUGUUUCCAAUGAAACACAUUCUGAGUUUCUGAGUCAUCUUAAGAUGUUUGCUUAUAAAAUGGCUCCGUGUUGGAGCACAGAAUAAUUUCCAUGUUUUUUUUAAAUAUUGCUUGAUAAAUAUGAUCUGCUUUACAUUUGAAUUAGUUGCUUUCUAAUCAAAAAGUAGAUGGAUUUGCAUUUAUUCCUCCACGAUAUGGAAAGCAGAGUGAAAUACAUAAUUCAUAAUGAUCUGUUCUUAUAAUGGUUUAUUUAGUCAUGAGAAAGAGAGGAUGUGUACAAUGAAUGAAACAGCCCAUAAAGCUACUACAGGGAACUUUCUCUUUGUGUUGAUGUUGGUGGUCCCUGUGGACGAAAGUGGUAGUGUUUCCAGGGGACACUAAAAAGUGAUGCACACGGCUGGGACAUGCAGCACUUGUUACCGUUUAUGGAUUUUUUUUUUUUAUUGAAGUCGGCUCUCCGUCAUUGCUGAAAAGAUUUGUACUUAUGUUAACAUUAUGAGCUUCUUGCAGAGUUUUUUCCAAAUAAUGUGAAUUCUUUUCUGCGUCGUUAAGUUGGUGAGGAUGUUUUUUCUAAAUGCUGAGCAUGUGAUUGGUCGUCUGCGGCUCAGAGGCCAGAGCAGGACGUCCUCGCCCUUUUCCAGCUCCGCCCGUCCGCAUGUGGAAGUGUCCUUGAGCGAGGCACUAAACCCUAAGUUGCUCCCCUGAGUGCUUUACAGCAGCCCACUGCUCCUCAGUGCUCAGGAUGGGUUCACUGCAGAGAUCAGGUUUUUAUGUGUGUGAUGAUAGAAAUUAAGUUUAUGUUUCAAGAAUGGUGAAGAUGUUUUUUUCAUUUGUCUCUUUGCAUGCGUUUUAAUUUGCCGUGCAUUUAGCUCUCAGGGCCGCCGCACAUUAAAGAUGAUGAACUACAUAGUUUAUAGCCAGGUUAAGCCAUAAUAUACUUCCUGGUUAUCGAUUUUGCUUUAGUUUGAAACAUUUAGUGGCGGAGGAGAAAGAUUUACCACCUUGCUGCUCUCGCUGGCACCUCACCAGAGGGGUUACCCGGUGUAAUAGAGGUGAGCAAUUACCAACGUGCUGCAGUGAGAUCACCAACUGCACCGCGUUUAUAUUUAGAGCGCCGGAGCCUCUGGUGACCUUGGUAACCAUAGAAAUGGUGUUUCGAUACGACAAAAGUUGAGAUAACGGCUUCGAAUUCAUCCCGACUGCUGUUCAUGUAAAUCUCUUGGAAUAAUUUGUCAAGUUGAUAAUGAAGUGAGCAUUCGUGUUUUGUCAGAUUUGGUGUUACCGCUUUGUUCUGUACCUGCUGUGCCGCUCGUGCACUUGAUGUCGACGUGUGAGACGGGGCGACGGAGUGACAUGAUAAUGUGACAGGUGCAGGAGGAGAGGAGGGAACAUGGAAAGAGAACUUAACUCCUCUUAACUCUGCGUCCAUGUCGGCUCUGCAUCAUUAGCAUGCCGGCUGAUGUCAACAUGACCACGGUCAGCCUUUUCCAUGAGCUCGUUACGUCUCAGGAUUUAUUGUUUAAUUAUCUUUCCCGCUGCCACGAGAAAGAGUUGGGUUGCAUCUUUUAGCAUGAUGUCAUCUGUGGAGUUGUUUUCAGCGUGAGUCACUCUGGUUGUGUGAUGACUGGAACCUGUUUAUAGGCUGACCUUAAUAACUGGGAGUCUUUCGCUGGGUCAAAUAUUAUAAGUUGGCAACUCGAGGCGCACUCGUAUGGAGUUGUUGACCAUUUUUGUUAGAUUCUUAUUUCUCAAGCAUAGCUCAGCCGGGUUGCAGUUUUGACUGUUGUGCCGUCCAACCACAUGAGCUGCUCUCCCUGCAACAGGAUAUCAAAGAGGAAUUGUUGACCGUAGAUUCUGUUACGCGGCCUUUUUACGGUGAUAUUCAAUUCAACAGAUGUUGUCGGCUACACGUCGUGAACUUCAUCGCUGCAGAUAAAGAGGCUGGACGUUCACCCUUUAGGUUUAUGAGUGUUAUUUUUUAUAUACACAAUACCUCCUUUUUUUGAGUAUGGAAUAUAUCUUGCUGUUGCUGAAUUGAUCGGCCAAUCAACCCAAACUCGGCCUGUCACAAUAGUUACUACAUCGACUUGGGCAUUGUGGGGACAUUGCAAAUGUUUAACAGAGCACUAGAGUUUUUAUUAUAUCUUUAUUUAUUAUAUAUUAUAUCAUUCCGUUUGUGUAGUUUUAUUUAUUUAGGAUAUUUUUUUAUAUAUUUUUGUCACGCUCCAAUUCCGAGUUCUGAAUAUUCCUAGAAAUUAAAAGUUAAUUCCUCUUUGAAAAGGUAUACUUGCAUCAUUAUGCUAAUAUAUUAUCAAUAUAUCAGUGGCAAAAUGGUUUUAAGAAAUGAUAUUAUUUAUUGCAUUUAUUUGUUGGACAAUAUCUCGUCCUUGUAGUAACUUCUGAUUUUGAGUUUAGCAGAAGACUAACAAGAUAUUUGGUAUUUCUCUCUUAAAAAACAAUGUUCAUAAUGUUUCAUGCAUUGAAAUCAAUCAUAAGCUCAGUUCACAGAUUUUGCAAAGGCAGAUUUGCCUCCACAGCAACUCUUUCACUUCAAUUCAAAUUUAAAGCUGCCCCAAAUCAAUAUUGGUGUAUUAGCAAUGGACCACAUGACGACGCUCAGUGGGGAAAGUGUCGCUUGUAAGAUAAUUAUCACCGACUCAGCAUUUCCUCACUUCAUUGUUUUGGUUUUGCAGCCCACACUUUGUUGUUGUGGUUCUUGUUGCACUGCCCCCACGUGGCCAGAAAAGGCUUCAUACAAGUUGAAGAUUGUGUUUCAAUCAUUAUUUUAUUUAUUUAAUUAUUAUUAUGGAGGCAGAAUAUAAUUUAUAGUGAAUACCAGGAGGAACAUUUGACAACGAGGUUUUUAUUAGUUGCAAUGUUUAAACAUCAACACGAGAGCAUCAUUAUCUUUGAACACAUUUUUAUUUAGAUGCCUUGUGGAUAAGUAAGAAUAUUUUUAGUUUCCCAAAAGAAAAGAAAACACUCGAUAGGCAUUAACAAAACAAAAGCUCAAGAUAAGAAGUGGCUGCUCCACAAUGAACAUAAAAUACAUUUCUCCAAGCCCCAAUUAUAACAAGUGUUCUUUAUCUUUGUUUUCACAAAGUUCUUUGCAAUAGUUGCCUCAUCGUCUCCUGCAGUAUGUGCUUUCAUAAUGAGAAUGUUCAAAAGCCUUCGUUUCAGGGCUCCGGAAACAUGAACGCUAGGCAUAAAUGUAGCAAAAGUUCUCAGUUUUAAAAUGAAAACGUAUUCAUGUGGAUGUAGCCUCAAGAUGCUACAUGCUAUGGCGCUGUGUACCUCUGAUCGUACAUCAGGGUACAUUCUCUGAACAAGUUGUCUCACUAGUCCUUAGUUUAUUAUACUAUACGUCUCUUUUUGAAUCCACUGCAUAUCCCAAGACACAUGUUGUGGCAGAAUGUAAUACCACAGUAUUGUGUACUUGAAGUUUGUAGUCGACUCUUGGCCUGCUUUGUACAUCUUGUUAUUCUCUAGCUCCUGCCUGCGCUACUAGUUCUACGGUUAAUGCAGUGUUUGGUGUCGUCUGCAGUGACUCUUUGCUCCUCAAACAUGCUCAGAGUAAUAAAGAAUUCAUUGGUGUACUGGAUGAGUGAGUGAGUGCAGUAGCUGAGUGUUUGUCCGUCCGUCCUGCUUUCUACACUUCUCCCAUCGUUCCAGUUUAAACAAAAAGCCUCGUCACACAGCAGCUACUGAAGUAGUGUGAAUUAUCCGAAUAAGCCCCCCCUCUUUUAGCAUGCAGUACUUCAUCUUUGGACAGUCAUGAUUCAUUGACAUGAGUCAUUGAUUCGUUUUUGACUUCUGGCGAUGUUGAACGAGCUUCUGCAACAAUAAAUGUGGAUGAAAUGCCUCAUGGGAGGUUUUACUAAUGAUAAGCAGCAGCCUCUGGGGUCUCUUGAAUCCCUGCAGGGGCGAGGACACUCUGCUGCGUCAUCAUGCUUCAUGACUCUGGGUUUCAGUCUUUGACUUCACAAUCACAGCAUACACGCUCAUGCCUCUCUGAGUGAAGCACACUCACUUCAUGCUGCCUGAAAGGUUAAAUGUUAUAAACAAAUUCCACUGCAGGGUGCAUGCUGUAGCUCUUCUUUAUUGUUGUAUCUGUAUGAUUCCCUGUAUGAGAAGGACCUGAGUGCAUUCUGUCUUGCUGUACGCUGACUGACGUGGAGUGACAGGUAGUGGUGCAUUAUGUUUUUUUCUAUCCAAGAUGACAUCAUCCCCGUGCUAGUGGCGGCAUUGCAUCGUGCGGCACGUGCCCCGUGUUGGCAUCCUGUCAAGGUGACUGCGUGUUAAGAGGGGGAAGGCAAAAUGUAGAUUUUAUUUAUUGCAUUCAUUUCUGCUACGUAGCAAGUUACCAGCUGGUGGAGGAGGGGGUCAGAUAUGUGCAUGCGUUUGUGAGGGAGCAGGGGGCGUGGCUUAGGAGAGGGAAUUGUCCUGCCUCCAUGCCCUCCGCAGGCUACUGAGGAUCUUAUUUGACAACUUCAAGGUGGGAAGUAGAAAGACCAAAACAAGAACCGUAUACCCCUUUUUUCUGAUUUUACCCCCUCCCUUUUUUAGUGGGGGGAGAGAAAACCAAUCCGUCUCAUCGCACUGUGGUGGCUGGGUUUGGCUCUUUGUCAGUGCAGGGGGUGGGAGGGUGGCAGGCAGGCAGCGUGAAUGCAUAUCAUGACCACAAUAGAGCAAACGAGCACAGUUCAGCCAUGAAAGCCCAGCGGGAGAGGCUGAGAAUUCCAGGGCUGACGCUAGACCUGACUCCCCGAAGCUUGAGCCCUACUCCCACUAGCCCCUGCAGUCCGUGCAGCCCGCUGCACGCAUUUCAUUUCUGGAGCUGCAGAACGAGCAACAGAAAAAGCCUGAUAGGAAGCGGUCAGUCUUCAGGCUUACCGCGACCUCACUCCCCUCUCUCAUCUCUAACAGGAACGAGCCCUCAAGACAGUCCUAGAAAUUUCUCUCCGAGUGCCUCUGCUCAUUUCUCCUUUGCACGAAGUCAUUGCCACAGAGCAGACAGGACUGAUGGUCGCCGCUGGUCGUUGGCCUCCCUUCCCUCCUCUGGAUAUGGAACCAACACGCCCAGCUCCACCGUCUCUUCAUCCUGUUCAUCACAGGAGAAGCUGCACCAGCUGCCCUUCCAGCCUACGCCGGAUGAACUGCACUUCCUCUCCAGGCACUUCUGCACUGAGAGCAUCUCCGGGGACGAAUGCCGCAGAGCGACGGCCAUGCGACCCCGCUCACGCAGCCUCAGCCCUGGAAGAUCUCCAUCGUGUUACGACCAUGAGAUUAUCAUGAUGAAUCACGUCUACAAGGAGCGGUUUCCCAGGGCCACGGCUCAGAUGGAGGAGAGGAUUCAGGACAUCAUCCGCAGCAACUCUCCAGAGAGCGUCCUCCCGUUGGCAGAUGGCGUGCUCGGCUUUGCCCACCACCAGAUAAUUGAACUGGCCCGCGACUGUCUGGAGAAGAGCCGGCUAGGACUCAUCACCUCCAGCUACUUCUGCGAGCUCACCGACAAGCUGGAGAGGCUUGUUCAAGAGUCCACAGAGAGAUCAGAAAGCGAGGAUGUAAACGUCAUCAGAGAGCUGGUGAAGAAGAUCCUCAUCAUCAUAGCCCGACCCGCUCGACUGCUGGAAUGUCUGGAGUUUGACCCAGAAGAAUUUUACCACCUAUUGGAGGCCGCUGAAGGACACGCUAAAGAGGGCCAGGGCAUCAAAACGGACAUCCCUCGUUACAUCAUCAGCCAGCUGGGACUCACCAGGGAUCCUCUUGAAGAAAUCGCUCAGCUGACCAGCUGUGACAGCGGGAUUGCAGAAACACCAGAAACGGACGACUCUUCUCAGAGCCUCAGCACAGCCCUGCGGUGCCGGCAUAAACCCUGUGAAUUGGACUUUGAGAUGACAAAACUCAUCAGCAAUGGUGCCUAUGGAGCUGUUUAUCUGGUCCGUCACAAGGAAACGAAGCAGCGGUUCGCCAUGAAAAAGAUCAACAAGCAGAACCUGAUUUUGAGGAAUCAGAUACAGCAGGCCUUUGUGGAGAGAGACAUCCUUACCUUUGCCGAGAACCCUUUUGUGGUGUCCAUGUACUGCUCGUUUGAGACACGGCGGCACCUGUGCAUGGUCAUGGAGUAUGUUGAAGGUGGAGACUGUGCCACCCUUUUGAAGAACAUGGGUCCCCUGCCCGUGGACAUGGCCAGGAUGUACUUCGCAGAGACGGUGCUGGCUCUGGAGUAUCUCCACAACUAUGGCAUCGUCCACCGGGACCUCAAACCAGACAAUUUGCUGGUAACGUUAAUGGGGCACAUCAAGCUGACAGAUUUCGGGUUGUCCAAAGUUGGGCUGAUGAACAUGACCACCAACCUGUACGAGGGACACAUAGAGAAAGAUGCCAGGGAGUUCUCUGAUAAGCAGGUGUGUGGAACCCCAGAGUACAUUGCACCAGAGGUGAUCCUGAGACAAGGCUACGGGAAGCCGGUGGACUGGUGGGCGAUGGGCAUCAUCCUCUACGAGUUCCUCGUGGGCUGUGUGCCUUUCUUUGGAGACACACCAGAGGAGCUGUUCGGACAGGUCAUCAGUGACGAGAUCAACUGGCCUGAGGGAGAAGAUGCCCCGCCUCCUGAUUCUCAGGAGCUCAUCGCCUUGCUCCUCCGACAGAACCCUCUGGAAAGGAUGGGCACAGGAGGAGCUGCCGAAGUGAAGCAGCAUCAGUUCUUCCACAACCUGGACUGGAACAGCCUGCUGAGGCAGAAGGCCGAGUUCAUUCCUCAGCUGGAGUCUGAAGACGACACCAGCUACUUCGACACUCGCUCUGAGAGGUACCAUCACCUGGAGACAGAGGAAGAGGACACAAACGAUGAAGACUUCAAUGUGGAGCUGCGGCAGUUCUCCUCUUGUUCUCACAGAUUCUCCAAGGUUUACAGCAGCCUGGAUUUGUCCCGUGGGCACCUGGAGGAGAAGGGAGAGAGUGAGGGGAAGAAGAGCGAGAGCCCACUGACUGUUGACUCCCUCAGCUGGACGCCAGACUUUGCUGAAAUGCCCUCGCUGUCCCACUCGACGGACACGGACGGAAUGAAUCCGGGCCAGCGCCCCAACUUGUUGCCAAAGUUUGCCAUCUCGGCAGACAGUGAAGGAGACGAGACCUCCGGCCUCGGUGACCCCAGCAAGACCUCCUUCUCCACUGGGGAGCUCCUGCAGGACGAGCCUGACGCUACAACUCCAGGCAGCACGCACAGUGGAGCCACGCUAUCUGGAAGUUUCUCAGAACAUCUGGACCAGUUGACACCCAGAGGUGAAGAGGUGGAGAGCCCCGACAGCACCAGUCAUACCUCCGCAGACCAGGGCGCUCACACCAACUCUCUGCGGCCCGAGAGCGCUGCAGAGAAGACCGGAGCUGUGGCUAAAGUCCCAAAGUCCGUCUCAACCGGUGCCCUCUCCCUCAUGAUCCCUGGCGAUAUGUUCGGGGUGUCUCCGCUGGCCAGCCCCCUGUCUCCGUACUCCCUCUCCUCAGACCCGUCCUCGAGAGACUCCUCUCCCAGCCGAGACUCCUCCCUCUGUAACGCCAACCCGCGGCAGCCCAUCGUCAUCCACAGCUCGGGGAAGAAGUUCGGCUUCACGCUGAGGGCGAUCCGGGUGUACGCUUGCGACGGUGACGUCUACACUGUCUACCAUAUGGUCUGGAAUGUAGAAGACGGUGGACCUGCACAUAAAGCAGGACUCAAAGCUGGAGACCUCAUUACUCAUGUGAACGGAGAACCAGUCCACGGUCUUGUCCACACUGAAGUGGUGGAGCUCCUGCUCAAGAGUGGCAGCAAAGUGGUCAUCUCCACAACCCCGUUCGAAAACACUUCGAUAAAAACUGGCCCGGCCAGAAGGAACAGCUACCGGAGCAAGAUGGUGAGGUGUGCCAAAAAGCCCAAGAAGGAGAAGACACCAGAAAGGCGCCGCUCGCUGUUCAGACGUUUCGCCAUGCAGCCGUCUCCUCUCCUGCACACGAGCCGCAGUUUUUCCUCCCUCAACCACUCUCUGUCAUCUGGUGAGAGUCUCCCCGGCUCCCCCACCCACAGUCUCUCCCCUCGUUCCCCUACUGCCACGUUCCGCCCCACACCAGAGUUCACCCAGUCAGGUGGCAACUCGUCCCAGAGUAGCUCCCCCAGCUCCAGCGCUCCAAACUCCCCCGCAGGCUCGGGUCACAUUCGUCCCAGCACCCUCCAUGGCCUCGGCCCCAAACUGCCGUGUCAAAGGCUCAGACAGGGGCGCCGCAAGUCUGCCGGCAGCAUUCCCCUUUCUCCUUUGGCUCGCACACCCUCGCCCACCCCCCAGCCAACGUCUCCUCAGCGCUCUCCCUCUCCCCUUCUCAGUGGGCAUCCCGUUUCCAAGACAAGCCAAGCCUUCCCAGCCAAGAUACAUUCCCCACCCACGAUUGUACGUCAUAUCGUGCGCCCCAAAAGUGCUGAGCCUCCCCGCUCGCCCCUCCUAAAACGUGUCCAGUCUGAGGAGAAGCUGUCCCCCUCUUACACAGGAGAUAAGAAGCACCUGUGUCCCAGGAAGCACAGCCUGGAGGUGACCCAAGAGGAGGUGCAGGAUGAGGAUCUGAGGCCUGGGGAGCGGGAUUACACCGUCUUGCACAGUGUGGAAGAAACAGCCUGCGAGCCGCUGGCAGUCAACCGUGUUCGACCUGUUGAGCAGGGCUGCUUGAAGAGGCCCGUGAGUCGCAAGAUGGGCCGCCAGGAGUCUGUUGAGGAGCUCGACAGGGAGAAGCUGAAGUCCAAGAUGGUUGCAAAGAGGCAGGACUGGUCAGAGAGGAGGGAGUCGCUACAGAAGCAAGACGCCCUGCGUGAAGCUGACUCAUCGUCCCCGUUGUGUGGCGAUGACAGGGAUGAGAGUUUUCUGGUCCGGAGCCAAAUCAAAGCCCAUAGCAGCCCAGACUCUGGCCUCCUGGAGGCCAAAGCUGCAAGCACAACCCUGAAAGAUGUGCUGUAUAAGAAACUCACCACACGUGUCUCUGAGGGCAUCGGCGAAACAUCUGGCGGCUGCUGUGAAAGUGACGGAGGACUCAGAUCAACUCUCUGCUCCACUCACCCCGAGUGGCAGCACUCCAGACAGGGCAAAGAUAACAUGAAGCCGGACAGACUGGACUUCAAAGCUCCCACCAUCGAGUUCACCAGGAAGAGGCUGUCCUUUGAAGAACGAGAGGACUGCAUGUGUCGGUUGUCCCCCGGCAUCCACGAGAACCUGCACUUUGGCUCCACCAGGUCUAAGAGCCUCCAGCUGGACACGGCCAUGUCUCAUGAGCACAUGAAGGCAGGGCUGGGAAGUGUUCACUCCAGCCCUGAGGGUCUUUCCCCGAAGCUUUUCUCUGGCAGAGGAGAGAGCGCCGUGGAAAAACUCCAGCUCAUCUCCUCCGCAGAGUCUCCGCUUCGGAAGACGUCGUCUGAAUAUAAACUUGAAGGACGCCACAUCUCCUCUCUCAAACCCCUGGAGGGCACUCUGGAUAUUGGUCUGCUCUCAGGGCCCAGAGUUUCUAAAACAGAAACCUGUUUAUCCAAGAUGGCGGAGAACACAAGCGACAGUGUUUCUUUGAGUCCUCCAAUUUGGCUCCAGACCCCUACUGAGAGACAAAUAACCAUCCCCCAAGUGAAAAGUACAGACAAGCUGAAGAGCCCCCUCACUUGUUCCACAAUCCCCGAAGCGGUUUCUUCCCUAAAUAGCAUCGUUGCCUCCAAAGAUCAGUCAAAUAACGCAGCCACGGAGAUGAAAAUAAGCACAAGCGGUGAGAAAACACAGGACAGACACAGUGAAUCAUUAAAGGCUCAAACCAGCAAAGUGGAGGUGUCGAGCUUUAGUGUUAAACAAGAGAGCCGGACGGGUAUGAAGUCCAGUUCAUCACUGGCUCAUGAACACAGAGGCCCUCGACACAGCUCCCACUUCUCCUGUGGAAAAACACCCUCCAUACGGGAAGUCAGCAAUGAAGAUCAGGAGGAUGAAGCGGAGCAGGAGGAAGUCGCACCACGCGCCACAUCACAGAACACCGACAGCUCCAACACAGUGGGCUCUAUGACUUCAGCAAAGCCGGAGGUAAGCAUAAAAACUUUGACUCCGGCUGCAGCUGCCAGUGAACCGCUGGCCGUGUCGCUGAAGCGGAGUAUAAACUGUGGUUUGGAGCGAGGUUGGCGUCAGAGCUGUGAGAAAGAAACGACUCCUGCACAGACCUCAAACGUGAGCUCUGAGGCGACUGUACAGAACAACUCUUCAUCUGUGCGUGUUCCAGAGAGCUUGCUUUCAACGCAGCAGCAGUCGAACAUCUGCUCUUCAAACACGGAACCGCAGGUUUCUAUCACAACGUCUGGUUCUGUGAAAGAAGAUGAAACCUGCAGUUUGAAAUCGGACGGUCAGGACUGUUCGGUCGGGUCUGUUAGUGAGGAACAAUGUAACGGAUCUGCUGUGAAAGCGGUCGCUGAUACAGGCAGCUCAGGCUCGAAGAAGGAGGUCAACGCGUGUGCUGCAGUCACAAAAUUGGAGCAAAAGAGAGAAGUUUCUAGAGUAAACAUGGUCUCCUCAUUAAAUAAUGUCACACUGAACUUGAAUAGAAAAGAUAACACUGUUGGUGCAAUAGAGAGUAGCAGCAAACUGCUGCAGAAAACAGAGGAGCCCACAUCACCAAAGACAAAGAACAUAGUCAAUGUGAAAGAUUCAGAGCAGCUAUCAACGAUCUAUCCAGCUGAAGAAGCACAAAACAAAUCAUCUGAUUCAGAAUACUGCGCCUCUAAAAGAGAAGAAACCGCUGCUAAACUCAAAUGUUCAUCCUCAGCAACUGCAAAUGAAAGUGUUUUGGUUGCCAAAAAUAAGUGGAGGCCUGACCCGCAGCCUGUACCGCACGCCGCCGUGAAGACGGAGACAAAGUCUCACAGUGCAGCUCCUCCCGUCCCCGCAGCGAAGGGCAGUCCGAGUUCAAAACAGAGAGAUCUGCCUAAAGAAUCUGUGCUCUCGACGGCAAACGCUCAAAUAACCCACGACCCUAAACGGAGAGAAGCCUCGUCUCCAUCCAAGCGGGAGGAAUCGCUUCAGCCGACGCAUUCUCCAACUCUUGCUGAUGCGAAGCAAAGAGAAACCCAGAACCCCAAAAUCUCUGUAGCAACUUCAGUGAAAGAAAACGACUGGAAGCUAAAAUCUGUCCCUCCUAAAGCCGUCCCUUCAUCGUCAACUCUUAAGACUUCCGUAGCUCCAACACCAGUUAUUAAACAAGGUCUUGAUGCCAAACUUAAAGACCCCUCACCCAAAAAACAAGCCCCGGCCGUGAGAAACCAUCACGGCUCAAAACCAAAAGAAGUUGCUUCGCCUCAUCAGCUGCCCUCAGAUGUUCCUUCCCAGCCCGAUCCCCCGCCAGUGCUGCCGAAACCCGCGGUGAAAAGAGAAACGCAGGGCAGCGAAGCCGUCCCGGGCCGGGUCUCCGGCGGUGCGCCCCGGGAGAGUUUGGUCAAGGUGUCCAAGGAAGGCCCCAAGGCUGAAACGCUCAAACCGGACGGUCACAAGGGCCCGGAUACCCGGACAACCACCCCCGACAAGCAGGUGUCCUCCGGCAGGAGGGAGCAGGCUGAGAGGAAGAGAAAAGAGGCCGUUCAAGAGGUCGCGUCUGCACAGAAAAACACUAAAAGAGACGCUUGUAGAGCCACCGCCUACGACAGAGACACUGGCAGGAAGCAGCAGCAGAAGGAGUCGCCGCGAAGUUCUAAUAACAAAAAAUAAAUAGUGAAAAAUAGCAUCCGACGUCAGAGAAUCCAGAUGUAACGUUAGAAAAUAGUUUGUGCAAACAUCAUGCCGCCUUAUUGUUUUUGUUUUUGUUUGAGGACCGGCAAGCUGUUACAUGCUGGUAGAGAGGUGUGUGUGUGUGUGUGUGUGUGUGUGCUGAUCAUUUCUGGUGUUUUUACUUUUUUUUACAUCAAGUUGAUUGUUUGGAAGUUUUGUUUCUGCUCUGUGCAAUCGGUGUGUCGGGGGCAGCGGAGGGAGGAGGAGCCUCCCCGAGGUGUGUGACGUACUGUAGAGUCCGUGCCAUAUAAGUGAUGUUGAAUUGCACUCUUCUAGACUCGGAGGGCCUGAAGUCUUUUAAUGCAGUAGUAGAACACACACAGUUUUUACUCAGCAAUUCAGCAGUUUGUAUCACGAUUGUUUCUCUCUUGAGUGAGGUUCUGUGUGUGUUGGGUUUCCGUGCAGUGGUACACAGAGGGAACGCACUGUGCCCUGUGCUCUUCACUUAAAACUAAAAAUACAGAACCAUCUCACGGUUCUGCAAAUCCUAAAUUAGCGAAGGGGCCUUAGAAUUAUGGGAAGUAAAAAAACAACUUGCUGUUCUUAGCAAGGUGUGGUGUUUAUUCACAUUCCUCUGACAUCUGUACAUAUUUUUUUUUUUUUGAUUUUUAUGCAAUAUGGUGUAAAUAUGAAAACGCUGUAAAACUGGGAUUCAUGGGCUUACAUGAUCGUCGUUUGUACCAUAUGUAUAGAUUCUGCGGUAUCAUUUGUUUGUAUGCUCAGUAUUAAGAGCUCGGUAUCUCUGUGGUCUGAAGUAAGCUACCGUGGUGCGUCUGAUCACAGGCAUCCUCCUCUUUGUGACUUUCAACAUGUGUUCACAUGUUCCAGAAUGAACUUGACGAGAGAGAGGGACAGGCAGGAGGGGGUGGACGGCUAUUUCUGAAAAUGUAGCAUUAAAUAACAAAACUGUCAGGGCUGUCAGCAUUUCCCAGGAAUGUCUUUGCCGUUGAUGAUGAGUGUAAAUUAUGAAAUAUUGUUGUUUGACUAAUGAGAUGCAGUUGGUUUCUGAAGGCUUUGGUCGUCAUCUCCGGUUCCGUCCGCGCAGAAUGAAAUUAAGACCAAUCACGUUAUGAAGAUCAGAUUAGAUUAAAGUACAGAGAGAGAGCUUCACCGUCGGGGUUUCAACAGAUUUAAAUGUCGGGUUUCGGUCUUCGUGUUGUUCAAGUCGUGUGUGAGUGUUUCGAUGUUUCAAAGGACUCUUCGUAAUGAGCAGCAGCUGGAUUACAGCUUCACCUGGGUAAAGAUUCCAUACGCAUACUUCAUGUCCACAACAUGCAUUCGAUGUUAAAUACUUGGUACUACACGUAUAGGCGGUCAUAUAUCCGCAUUCACUAUCUGCAACUCACACACACACACACACACACACACACGUUUCUAUACUGUAGAUGAAUUGCAAACCCUAAAUGAGAACGAGAGAGUCGCCUCGGACACUAAGUAUGUCGUGCAGUAUUUGCUCUGUUGUGCUGGCUGUAAAGACAACCUUGUCCACUACAUGUCCUCUCAUUUUGACGAGUCAGACAUGACGCGGUGUACAGUUCAUCCUAACGGCAGGCACACUGUAUCCCAGAAGGGAACUGAAACACGUGAGAUUGAUUGCAGAGAUUUUAGUGUUAAAUGAAUCCGAUGUUUACUUUGCAUUAGAUAUUGUUAAUGUAUUGCUAAUGUAGUGUGAGAGAACAAAUGCACCUUAAUGUUUGACAAUAUUUAGUUCAGAGGGUGAGAAGAAGAAAAUGGAACUGAAACUGGUUUAUGAAUUCCCCUCUCGUGACUCACUGGCGUGUUUAUUUGAACACAUUGAACACACGUGUGUUUUCUUUCCUCCUGUGACGACUGACAUUUCAAUCCUCAAAGCACAUUCAAUGUUUGUUUACAAAGCAUCAUGGAUGUAUAUUUUGUAUAUUGUUGAUUUGCCAAAUCUGUGUUGUGUGUCCGAGAUGUUGUUUCUAGUAGUGUGAGACUUUGCUCCCCGGCCUCCAGGAUGUUUAAUAAGAACAUUUGUUUGCGCUGUAAUCAAUGUCUGUUCAUACGUCAGCUUCUUCUUUCUCUGCUUGUCGUUUCAGUUUCCUUUUCUUCUUUUCUUCCUCUGUGCAGAACUAGUAUUAGAUGAACUUGCUUACGAUGGUUUGUCUUUUAGAAUAUGUGCAAUAAAAGUGUUUUGAGUUUUGUAUUUUGCCCAAGGAAAGCUCUAUGGAUGUCAUAGAUGUUGUAUAUUAAAACAGAUAUUUAUACCUCUAAUGUUGCAUAAUACUGAAAAUAAAAUGGAAUUAUGAAUUAA